UCCCUAGGGGUAUGCGAUGUGUGGAGCUACUUCAAAGUCUACUCUUCUAAUUUCUAAUCAUACAAAGAAAAGUCCCAGUCUUAUACAAAAAAAAACGUCCUCUAUAUCUAACCUAUUAACACAUAUAAUUAUGCUCUAACCGUUCCCGUAGGCUCAUCCAAAUGAACUCGUGUUCGGCGUACAAAACAAUUCGGGGGUGCCCUACAGGCUAUGAGGUCACCGUUUUCUUCGGUUCUACGGCGUCCGGAGUCGGUCCGCCUGGGUCUGAAGCAUGUGAGCCCUGGAGCGGCGUAAACUCAGGGUAGUAUAACCUGAUUGCAUCCAAUGCAUUAAUAAUUGGCCUUUAUCCACGGUUCGCUAAGGGCCUAGCCUUCGCUCUAAAUUCAUAGUUACGUAUACGAGGUACUUAAUGAGGUAGCUUUCCGAGGUUUCUUAAAUAAAUGCUUGACGUCGAGCUCCAAUACGAAGAAAACCAAUUCAUCUUCACCUAAAACAAAACAUCUCAGAACUUACCUACACAUCAACGCACGAAAUUCGAAACAGCAUGUCCGGCAUCACCGCCAUGAAAGCCUGGGUCUACACCUCAGGUGCCGGCGGCCUCGAGAAAAACCUCAAGCUCGUCUCCGACGCCUCGCCCCCGUUCCUCGCCGCGCCGCCAAAUGACGUCGUCCUCGUGAAGGUGCACGCCAGCUCCCUCAACCCCGCCGACUACAAGAUCGCCGAGAUGGGCCCCGUCUCGCGCCUCGCCAUCGCCCCGCCCGCCACGCCCGGCCUCGAUUUCGCCGGCGUCGUCGCGGCCGUGGGCUCCGCCGUCGCCGCCGCCGGCUACCGCGUCGGCGACAAGGUGUUCGGGCGCAUCGGCCCGAACAAGUACGGCACCCUGGGCGAGUACGUGGCCGCGAAAGCGGACGGGCUGGCGCUCCUGCCGGAAGGCGUGUCUCUCGAGGACGCCAGCACCGCAGGGACGGCGGGGCUGACGGCGUUCCAGUGCGUCGUGCCGAACGUCGAGGCCGGGGCCGGCGACGAGGUGUUCAUCAACGGCGGCAGCGGCGGGACCGGGUCGUACGGGAUCCAGUUCGCGAAGGCGCUCGGGUGCCGCGUGACGACGACCUGCUCGGCGAAGAACGAGGCGCUGGUUCGCGCGCUCGGCGCGGACGACGUCAUCGACUACACGAAGGAGAACGUGAGCGAAGCCUUGAAAGCGAAAGGGCAGAUUUUCAAGCUGGCGGUCGACAACAUCGGCAGCGCACCCCCGGACCUGUACAAGGCGGCCGACCACUACAUGCUCCCCGAGGGCAAGUUCGUCCAGAUCGGCGUCCACAUGUCGACGGGCGGCGUGGCGAACAUGAUGUCGAGACAGUUGUUGCCUUCUUUCCUGGGAGGAGGCAAGAGGAAGUUCGAAUUUCUCGUCACGAAGAAUAGUCACGAAGACCUCGAGCAGAUCGGGAAAUGGUUCGAGGAAGGCAAGGUCAAGGCCGUGAUUGACGAAUCGUUCCAGUACGAGGAUGCGCCGAAGGCGUUCGAGAAGUUGAAGACAGGUCGCGUAAAGGGCAAGCUUGUAGUCCGCGGUCCUGCUUGACCGGAUACGAGCGACGGCGCUGUUAAAUUAGGGAAUAUUUACUUAUCAUAAACUCCUAGCACACAAGCUACGUAAUUGAAAGUUGAUUGAAGAACAUGAACGGGUUGGAUAUCGUGACUUUAUUAUGUAUACUGCUAGCGCACAAUUAGCCUAAGGAUAUUCUACCAAUACUCCUACCUCGGCGAGAACCCGCAAGGGCCAAAUGUCGCCUGUAGGAUUAUACGAAUACCGUAUUUUUCGGGAAUCUAAUAUGAAGAAGCACCCCUUUGCUUUAUCGCGAA